UCUACAGACACAAUUGGGCCAACAAAAUGACUCGUCCUUCAUUCAGCUCUCAUUGCCAGAGUGUUGUUUGGAUACUUUUUGAUAAAUUUAAAUAGACGCUUUGCUAUAAUAUCAUAAAUGAACAAUCUGGCGCACUCUAUUCCCCCGAUACUAAGCUGGAAAUUCCCUUAAUAGUUUUAAAGUACCUCCCCCUCAAUCUGUGGCCCGUCACUUAUCUGUUGGCCCAGUCCUGCCAGUGGAAGGGGGGCUGCAAAUGUUGAAUGAAAGCGAAAGUCAAUGUGGGGGAAAAAGCUUCGCUUUGCUCUGGCAAAGCUCUCUCCUCAAGUCGAGUCGUCCUGGCGUCGGGUAUCCUGCACGACGACGACUUUUGACUCCGCCGAACUCUGCUGUGGACUCUCCGGGAUGCCAUGGAAACUUUUUCACCGCCACAGUCUUCCGUAGUCCUGUCGAGUAAUGUGCGCCGUUGAGGAACAGUUUUUGCACGCCAAAAUUUGAGUUUAUUUUUUGGACUCUUUUUUGUUUGUCCCCCCCGACACACUCACACACACACGCGCACACACAUACCACACUCAUACACUCUUCACACACAGUCACAAAAAAUAUCAACAAAUACUAUGAUUUCAAUAAUAUAAUAAAAGAAAAGAAAUUAAAAGAGCAGAGCACAAAACGCGGGCAACAUUUUUAAACAAAUUUUACAACAACCGACGAAAAAAUAUAUAAAAGAAACAAAAAUCUGGCGAAAUACAACAAAUAUUUGCUAAAAGUGUUAUUUGAUAAAUUAACAAAAAAUAAAUAAAUUUAAAUAAAAACGAAAAAACGAAAAAAAAUCGACGGCGGAAACAGCAAUAAAUACCAGCAAAAUAUGCAAAAUAGUUCUAACUGUAAAUUACAGUGCCUUCUAUAAAAUAAACAACGUCGCUAUCACCACCACCAAAAACCCCACUCAACAACAGCAACAGCAAUAAAAACAGCAACAAAAAGCAGCAACAGAAGCAGCAGCAGGAGCAGCAUCAGCCCAGAAAUUUCGUUAAGCAAAACACGCAGCACCUUUAGUAUGAAAUGAGGCGGCCAGACAAACGCAUCGACAACGAAGAUCGAACACGUAUACGGCUAAGGAUUGGAAUACGACGGUUACGGGAAGCAUGAACAGCAACAGCCUGCAGCAAUGGUGGGAGCACACGUACCGCCGGCAUCAUCUCGAGCCGAACAACGACCUCGACACCACGGAGUUGCACUACGCGCUCCUCGAGCAUAACCAGCUAGGUGGCAGCACUGGAACCCUGCCCACGGACCUGGAGGGCUCGGCGACGGACUUUGAUUACGGCAACUUUAGCCUGAUCAAUCCGUAUGACCUUGACGCUGCUGGCGGCGAUUCGGAGAAUGCCAUAUCCUCGCUGACGCUCCUCCUUCUGGCCGUCAGCUAUGGUCUCGUGGUCUUUGGCGGCGUCGUUGGAAACUCCACCCUGGUGCUCACCCUUUGCUCGGCCUCCUCGGUUCGACUGCGGAAUCCCCUACUGCUGGCCGUGUGCAUUGCCGAUCUGCUGGUCACGGGCAUUUCGGCGCCCGUCACGCUCUUGAAUCUGGCCAUGAACCGCAGGACGAGAUCGCUGCCGCUGGUGCUCUGCAAGGUCAUACAUUACAUCCAGGUCAUGCCCGUGGCGGCCAGCACCAUCUCCUUUUUCAUGCUCUCCCUGGACCGCUAUGCCACCGUUAAGCAUCCUCGUUUGGCCCAGCUGCGGCAGCGUCGAUAUCUGCACGUCUCCCUGGCCUUGAUCUCUUGGCUGGCCUCGGCGGCCAUCAGUACGCCGUUCCUGUUCGCCUACAAGAUCAUAGCCAAGUCGGUGAUCAUCAAGGGAGUUGGUAGCACGAACGCCAGCACUACACCGAAUCCCGUUAGCAUCAGCUGCACCUCUGAUCUGGGGGCCAAUGCCAUGUUCAUGUCGUUCAUCAUCUUCCACACGAUAGCCGUGUUCGUGCUGCCCGGGGUGGGGGUGCUGCUCAAUCACUACGGGGUGCGGCGCAAGCUCUGCGCCCUGUCGCUGACGGCUCGAGCGGCCCACGGGGAGCUGCCCCUGCCCAUGCCCAUCCUGCGACGACAGACGCACAUGGUGAUUGUGACGGGUUGCGCCAAUGCCCAGCAGGCGGCCUGUGGAGGCCCCACCACCGUGGACGAUACCUCGAAUGGGAAUGGCACUGGCGGCGGUGGGCAAAUGGCCGUGAGUCCCGGGGACAUACAAAUGCACACGUUACAGCCUCGCCUGCCGGGAUCUGGUUCGGCCCUUGAGCCGGGCUCGUUUCGUUCCAGCAACCCCAUAUCGCCCAGGGCCAUGAGGGAGAUACGGGCCCACUCGCAGCGCCAGCGGAUACAUCGGGCUGGGAGGGGUCCGGCCACGCCUGGCAUACCGCUGCCACAGACCUCGACGCUGAGGUCACGCCGUCACUUGGCCAACAUGCUGAUCGCCUCCGCCUUAAUCUUCAUCGUUUGCUGGGCCCCGCAUGUCUUUUGCAUAUUCUAUAAGAAUUUCGGCUACAAGCAAUACUGCAGCAAAUCCUCUGUCUACUUCAGUCUGUUGUUGGGGUAUUUCUAUUCGGCCAUCAGUCCGGUCAUCUAUUGGGCGCUCAAUCACAAUUCGCUUCGACAAUCGCCCUGUGCGCCCAUCAUACGGCUGCGCUCCAUGCAAAAUUUCCUGAGAUCGCGCUUCCGGACGCACACGGUGCCCCCACCGCCAUCGUCCACCAAUGAGGCGGCCCUGGGUGCAUUCAAUCCGAAACUGAUCAAGCUGACACCGAAACAGUAUAGAGCUCAGGCUUCUUCGCAUUAUCUCUACUAGUGUGAUACUAAACUAAAAAAACUUGAUAUACAUAUAUAUAGUAUAUAUAUACAUACGUAUAUAAUAUAUUUUUUACUUACGACCUGAUCCUCAAGAGUCCUGUCUAGCCCCCUGCCCUACGCUCCCUACCAGAACCCAACCAAAAACGAACUAUCUAGAUGUUUUUCAAAAGCUCUACGCAAUUAGUUGGCAAAACCUACUACAAUAUAUACAUAAUAUAUACAUACAUAUAUACAAAUACAUAAUACAUAGGGCAUAUAUAUAUGUGGUUGCGGCCACUCAUAGCAGUGUUAGUUGACGCUUAUUUACACUACGAUGUUGUGCGCCUAAAGCUAUGCAAUAAAAGGAGAAACCGAAACCUGUCGGAUAUGAAAGAUGAAUGAUAGACGGAAAACCAAAAGCAAAACUCUUCUAGUGACUUGUUCGAAAUGUUGUUUAGUCUUUUAAGAACCGAAACGAAACGAAAAAAA